GCAAAUCUGACGGUCUUCCGUAGGACCGGUGCGACACCCUUUAUACCCCCUGGGGAAAACAUGUCCCGACAGAUGUUCUCCGCUUGUAAUACUUAUUUUAAUUGAAUUGUAUAGAUAUCGAGCAUUCAUCUUACUAUGCUUUUAUAUAAAGCUGUCUGCAUACAAUUGAUAGGUUGCUCUUGAAUUUCCAUACCCAAUUCUAUUGCUCAUUUCAGACUGUAAACCAGUUAUCUGAAGUUAACGACCUGGUCAAGUUGGUCAAUCUAAUUCCUCUCCCAUCUAAAGGAAUAUCCAUCGUAGUGGAUGACUCGCAAUUUGGACGUGCUUCCCUUACCCGUAUUGUUGAGAAAUGCACAGAGAAUGGUCUAAAUAUUACAAGCAUGCAAUUGAUAAAGAAUGUUACUAAGAGAACCAUAUUUGCCUUAAAUAUUCACAAAAGUAAUGUGCUUGUUGUUGAUGUUGAUGACAAGAAAACAGUCAAAAUCGUUAACAUGGUAAAACACUUGGGCGUGACAGGCUAUCGCGAGGAGUUGUACUGGAUGAUGACCAAACGAUCUACUGGACAAAUCGGCAGUAAAUGCAACUUGCUUCCACACACAUAUCGAUAUAUAGACUAUGUCCCUGCUUCCGUAUCUUCAGACUACAUCAUAGAGAAGAUCCAGCGACAAAACUUGGCCAGUCUAAAUUGGAGUCGCGAAGGCACUACAGGACUGAAAUCAUCUAUCAAAGAACUUAACACCCACACUCAAUCAUGGUUCACUGUGAAUUCCCUAACAAUGCAGCCUGAAAAGCAUUCUCACUCUACAAGCAAAGGUGAAGAUUUGCCGCCAGUGGUUCGAGUGGCAAUCUCGCACACUGCCGCACCUUGGGUGAUUGUGGAAGAGGUGAAUAAAACUCACACCGACCGAGAAGCAUGUGGUCGUACCGGCAUGUUGGGAGAGAAGUUUGUCAAUGGAACAGACACUGUGAAGAUAUGUGCUUAUGGCUAUGUUAUCGAUUUACUAAAUCUUUUGAAAACAAAGCUCCUUUUUGAGGCUGUAAUUUCCACCUCAAGAGACGGAAAAUUUGGAUCUUAUGACAUAGAAACAGGUGAUAGUGAUGGAAUUGUUAGAGAAGUGCUUGAAAACAAAGCCGACAUUGGCAUAGAUCUAACCGAGAACAAAGGGAGAUCCACAGCACUUUGGUUCUCGAACCCCCAUCUUAUUGCUCCAAUUUCCAUAGCCUACAUACAGGGAAACAGUUUUGAUGAAUCGAGUAUUUUUGGUCCUUUCAGCAAAAACCUAUAUAUUGGAAUAAUUGGGAUGAUUGUAGGGCUAGUUGUGAUCGUUUUUGUAAUUGAACGUGUCAGUCCUUACAGUGGAUUUCAAAUUAGACAACGAUCUUUUGUCGACAUGGAAGACUUUGGAGCGUUUGACAGUACAACGUACGUAUGGGGCACCUUAUUUACAGGCGAAAUAAUUGAAAAGAAACCGAAAUCAUCUGGAAGCCGGACAAUGGUACUUGCUUUCUCUUUUGUAUCCGUUGUUAUCAUAUCGGCAUAUUCUGGAAACCUUAUCACCUACCUGGUAGUACUGGAUGAAAGGCCUCCAGUCUCAGGAUUGCUCGAUCCAAAGAUGAUCGGAGAAGAGAGUACCAUGAAAACUGGGAUCCUUGACGGUAUAUUUAUUGAUGGAUUGAUCAAGACUCAUUCGGAUGUUAGAGUUAGAAAUCUUUAUGGAAGACUGACGCACUGCAAAAGUCUCGAUGAAUGUGUGCUGAAAUUAAAAAAAAGGCAAAUAGACUUACUUAUGUCUGGAGGCCCAACAUUGAGAUACUAUGCAUCGAUUGAUCACAGCUGUUCUUUGAGAGUCAUGGACCUGAAAGAGCGAGAUCGUGCGAUUGGAAUCGUUGCACGCAAAAAUUGGCCAUGGAGGAGAAGGAUCAACACAGCUAUCAAUCAUAUAGUUGCAUCCGGAAAUGCUGACUACCUUCAUGCCAAAUGGCUGGGAAAACUUCCUUGCAAAAGAACAAACACUUUCUUUAGCCUUGAUAUCAUAAGACUUGAGCAUCUGUUCUUCUUGCUCGCAGGCUCUAUGGCUGUGUGUAUAUUUUUGAGCUUGACUUUGAGAAUUGCCAGCAAGUUUUACACGGAAAAGAAAGAUGACACAGAUGAAGAAAAUGAUUGAAUUUAAAAUCAAUAAUAUGUCUUAAGAUCCGAUUCUGAACACAGGAGCUUUUUAUUGAAUUUCAGCCAGUUGUUCUUUUGGUAGGUUUGGAAAAUUGUUAAUUGCAACGUAAUGCUUGUAGGCAUCAGAAGUAGCUGUUCUUUUUGCUUCCUUGUAAUGGGCGCAAGACGUGCAUAAAUGGAUCAAAUAUUAGUUAUGUUUAUUGAUAUCUCUAUAUAGGAAAAGAUGGUUGCAUACUGUAUGUUCCCAUAUUUAAAAUCUGAAAAAUUCGAGAGAACUGAACAAUAGCAAUACUUUUCGAAAAAUUUUCUAGCUACCUAUUCUUCACAAAAAGCAAUUGCCCUUGCAGCCUCAGCCACUUGCCGUUGUUUUUAACAAUAGGGUAUUGUCUUUUUAUUAACAAAUGCAUGCCCCGAAACUAAUUUUUCUUUCUAAGGCCUAUGGAGCUGUUGGAAUAAUAGUAUGUAGAUACAAGAAAUUGAUUAAGUGAUAGGUACCAAUGAAAUUGAAUACGUCACAUUUAAACCUUGGUAUUUCCUUUAGAACGAAUUGAUCUUUUUACAGAACUGCUCAGAUGCAACCAAGGUAGGAUGCCUUUAACCUUCCCAGGACAAACUGCAAGAGUAUAGAUGAUAGUUUUGACUCAAACUGUACAGUGGUAUUUUAUUGCAAUAAGUUGAAGUUAUAGCUUAGAGUCAAUUUUACGUAAUUAGGAGUUUUUCAAGUCUUGAUAUGGUGGAAGAUAUCACAUUAAGUUAGCUGCGAGAUAUAUGUAUGCACAAGGUAGUAACUUUACGCGCAUGGGAUAUACAUUCCCUUUUUUAUUUUUAACCAAGCAAUAAUAUGACUCGUUUGCAACUACUUUAAUCGCCAUAAGGGUAUCAAUUUGCUAGGCCUUUCAUCCAAACCUUUAAGAUCACUUGGUCCUGACUACUUGAUCGAAAUCUAUCAUGUUUUGUUAGAUUGAUAGACAGUGGCUUUUUCCAAUUUCAGAAACUGAUCAGGACAUCAUUAUUAAAAAACGUUUAAAGGCUUAAUGGCCUUAUGUUAUUACACAUUUGAAAAAAGGAAAAAUUAUUUUGCAAGAAGAUCCCCUCCUCAAGGUUCUAAAGCAUCCACUCUUAUGGGAUUGUUAUGUGCACUCUUUUUCACAGACGUCGUAAUCUAUAUUAUUGAAAACCAGAAAUUCAAAUUUUUUAUUGCAAUGUUUAAUUAGAUAUUCGGUAAAUAUUCAAAAUUCUGAAGUUUAUUCUUGUUUUGGGAUCAGCUAGCAUAUUUUUACGUUCAGGUUUGUUUCUUACAUCCUACUCAUCAAAAAAAGAAUAAAACAGGGAAUUACUAAGAGGUUUACUCCAAGGUAUUUGCCUUGUAAAAAUUAUAUUUAGUUCGAAACCCAAAAACUUCAGAACUUCACAUAUAGGGUUAACUUUGACAAAGUUGCUUUGAAAGGGAAGGACUUUUUAAAAAAUGGUUGUAAUGCUUUGGGAAUAAUCAAGGACAGGAAAUUGUAGGUACCAUUCCAUUGAUGCUUAUCCCCUACAUUUAGUCAAAAAUUUUGGCGCUUCAAACAAUGAUACAAAGAUUUGACCGAAUAUUUAUUUGUAUGAAAUUUAGGGCUGCCAGAAAGUUUGCCGACCCAAAAAGUUUUGUGUAAACUGCGCAUG